AUGGCAGACAGCAAUGAGAAGACCAUCAACCUUGUUGUCUUUGGAAGAACUCAGACUGGCAAAAGUGCUGUUGGGAACAGCCUGCUGGGCAGCUCAGACUUUGAGAGUCGUUGCUCUCCAAGCUCUGUGACUACACAAUGCAGCCUCGGACGCAGCUGCCGCAUCUCAGGGAUUAUACGAAGCAAGGGCCAUGAGCUGGCUCUCCGUGUUCAAGUACUUGACACUCCAGCUUACCCUCACACUGGUCUGAGCAAAGAGCAGGUGAGAGACACAGUGAGAUCAGCCCUGGCUCACCACUUCGGGAAGGAAGGCCUGCAUCUAGCUCUCCUAGUCCUGAGGGCUGACUUGCCUCUGUGUCCGGAUGAAAGUGAUCACACAAUUCAGUUCAUCCAGGAACUUCUGGGUCCCACAUGGAAGGACUUCACUGCAGUUCUACUUACUCAGGCAGACAAGGCAGAAGAGGCUGGAUUCAGUGAGGAAGUGUAUUUGCACAGUGCCUCAAGUAUCCUGUUGUCACUUCUGAGCCUGGUACAGCAUAAAUACAUUUUCCUUGACAACCAGAAGAGCAUCAUUAAAGAGGAAAGAGCUGUUGUCUUAAGAAAGCUCUUGAGUUUUAUAAAGCAAAAUAAUUAUCGAGCGCUUCUACUUAAUCACAAGGAAUAA